CAUUAUUCAAAUUAUGAUAUGGCAACAUCAUGUGGUGAGUUUCUUUACUUCACUACAUUUAAUACUUAACGAAGCAACCCUACAGCUAUUGUUGAUAAAAAAAAGUGAAAAGGUCUCAUAUUGUUCAUCAGUUUUAAUCAUAAUAAAGGGUUUUAAUAGUGAAUUUCAUAUCUAUAUUGUUGGAGAAAUUUCUACAUUUUAAUUGCAAUUACAAUUAUUUAUUCAGGCGAAUCUAUUAUAACAUAAACAAAUUUUUCUACGUCAACUAAUUUGACUACUGCGCAAACAAGAUGGAUGGACUACAGCAUCGACGUGAACGAAAAUCAUCAAUGGUAACACAACAAAUUUACGCACCGCUUUCGCCCUGUCCUAUACCUGACAUAAGCGACGAUGAACUGGUCUCUAUAUCCGUGCGGGACCUUAAUCGCACCUUGAAGUCACGCGGCCUCAAUCGCGAAGAAGUUGUGCGUAUGAAGCAGCGUCGUCGUACGCUGAAGAAUCGUGGUUAUGCGGCUAGUUGCCGUAUUAAGCGCAUAGAACAGAAAGAUGUCUUGGAGACAGAAAAGUCGCAUGAAUGGGUUGAACUGGAAACCAUGCAUGAUGAUAAUGAACAAUGUCGCAAGGACAUAACUAACUGGAAGAAUAAAUACAAGGCCUUACUACAAUUCGCGGCACAUAAUGACAUUCCCAUACCACCCGAGCUGGAGGGCUGUUGAGUAGCGCAGUGCAGUACACGCACAUACAUAUGGUAUAUUCUUAAUUAUAUUUUAUAAGUAGUUUAAUGUAUGCGACAUCGAUGAUGGUGUUUUCUUAUUAAUAUUAAAUACUGUAUUUAGGUUUUCAAUAAAUACUAUUUAGUAAAA